AAAGCGAAUGCUGAUUCUACUCAUAUCGGAAUUCCUGUUCGCACUUGGUGGUUCGAUCACAUAUAUGGCUUGGGAGAACGAUCCCGCAAAAGUUGUAGCCAACUCUCAUGGUUACAUGAAAUUGAUGGACAAGACCAAAUUGAGAUCGAGCAAUGUUCACAAUGUCCGACUGUUUCGUGAAAAUGACAGCUACGUUCUUCGAUUCGGAAGGAGCAGACUGUGCUAUGAUAACACAAAACAGAGAGUGAAGGUGUGUAGGCGACAAAAGAUGAGAAGCACGUGGGAACUCGUCAAAACGGGACUUUCAUAUUUGGUUCGCCAGAAUGAGAAAUGUAUAGCACCUACAAACACGAUCGAGAGGGUGAAUCAAGAGAGUGAAUUGACGCUUAAAGACUGUGAUAGUCCUGAUGUGCUCAGGAUACAGUUCAAUAACACCGAAGGCGAGAUUUUGGAUGUACCUACCGUAAAAACGGAGAUGACCAGAGAAGUUGAAUCACCGAAGAUGAAAGUACUCACAUUGGAAAGAAGGAAUGCUGUGAAACCAGCCAAAGAGAUUCUCACUGGAAACGAAGUUGUGGUUGCGCACAAUCCCAGAGAGAUUGUCAGGAGUGUUGAGGUUGAGCCUGAGGUGGUAAAGCCUGACGUGCAAGUUGUUGAGGAACAGAAAAUAGUUAAGCACGCCACACCGGUAGUAAGGAAGGUUAUCGCGUCGCCUGUUGUGGAAAAGGAGGUGGUGGUGAAAAAACCCGAACCCAGCAGUCUUGUAAUUAAAGAAAAACCGAUCGCUAAGACAAAGAAAAUCAUUAUGGAGCAGGAACCAGCGGCAACAAAGAGGUUAGUUGUGGAAAAAGAACCGGAUGUCACACUUGUAAAUCCUGUCAAGACCACAGAGAUAGUUAAUGCCCCGAAAGUGGUAGAGGCCGAGCAGGAUACAGCAAUUAUUAAAACAAAGACACCCGUUAAGGCGAUUCGACCAGCAAACACACACGAGACUACGAGCAAGCGAACAUCGACAUUCGAAAAAGAGGAUGAAGAAUUUAUGAGGGGCACCCGAGGCUUCCAGGAAUCGAUAGGCGACAAUCUUGAUAAGCUUGUGCAUUCAAACACUAAAGAAACCGUUGUUAAGCGUAGUAGUCGUGCCGAAACAUGUGAAUAUGAUAAGUUAACGGGCACUUAUCGUUGUCAUUAAUUGUUAUUUAAAUAAAGGAUGUUGCGGA